UUCAGCAACAGGUGCCUCAGCCAAUGCCUAAGAAGCAACAACAGCAACAACAACAACAGCAACAACAACAACAACAACAGCAGCAGAGGCAUCUGCAGCAGACGUCACCGCUGCGUGUUCCCAGCCUGGCGACGUACCAUCUCAUGUCUGCCCCCUCCCCCGCCCCGAGUGUCGGAACCACUUCCCCGGGCUUUUCUCUGCAUGAGGACCAG